AUGACGUCGGCAACUAUCGCCCAGUCUGCUUACUGUCCGUCAUCUACAAGCUCAUUUACAAGAGUGAUUUUUAUUAGGAUUGAAAAAGUCUUGGAUGAAGGACAGCCAUGCGAGCAAGCAGGGUUUCGAAAAGGAUUCAGCACGAUUGACCAUAUUCGCACUGUUUUGAAACUCAUCGAGGUAUCACGAGAGUACAAGGUGCCACUCUGUCUCACCUUCAUCAACUUGAAGAAAGCCUUCGACUCAGUUGAGACGGAAGCGGCCGUGGAAGCCUUGGACAACCUUGGACAAGGAGUCCCUCCUCAGUACAUAAAAGUGCUUCGAGAAUUGUACAGCAACUUCAGGACCGGAAUUUCGCCAUUCUAUAAGAAUAUCGUCAUUGACGUGAAGAGGGGGGACCGACAGGGUGAUACAAUCCCACCCAAAAUAUUCACAGCCACUCUCGAGAACGCUGUGCGAAAGUUGGAAGGGGACGACAUGGGAGUGAAGGUUGAUGGUCGGCAGCUACACCAUUUGCGCUUUGCUGAUGACAUCGCACUGAUAACACCUAACAUCAUCCAAGCGGAACGAAUGCUGAUAGAAUUCGACGAAACAUGUGGAUGUAUCGGUCUUCAGCUGAAUCUGCAAAAGACGAGGUUCAUGCGCAACGGAUGA